AUGGCACGCCAAAUUGUUGUUGUUGCUCUUGUUCUGAUGGCCACAGUGGGCUUGGCUUUUGGCGCCGAAGCCCCCAGCCCCAGCGCCGGUGCCGCUGCCACCACAACCCCCAAACCCGGUCUCCCAACGUUUAGUGGUGUGCCUGUUUCCGGACCCGUAGCCGCAGCCGACGAUAACCAAGUGGGAACCAUGGGCGGUGAGAGCGCUGUCGCUCCUUCUCCCAGUGGCAGUGCUUCUAGCGAUGGUGUCACCGCCGGCUCUGUUGGUGGACCUGUCUCCGAGUCAACUUUUGGCUCCAUUGAUGGUGGCAAUGCCGAAAGUCCUAAGGCUAGUGCUGCCACCACCGGACAGCUCUCCGCUGGAGCGGUUGUUGCCGCUGGCAUCGCCGCCUCCUUCUUCUUCUAA